UCUUCCUUAUAGUCGCAAAGAUAAAAGCAGAAGUGUUUCCAGUCUGUUUUCGGGUCCAAGUCGAUGUAUUUCUAUUUCCAACUCGCAAGUCAAUCCUUUUGAAAUCGUAUAUAUUCUAGUCGUCAUACAAAGAUGAUUCUAAACUUCCCUGUACCACUGCCGAUGGGUACAGAUAUGACCCACCAUCAGCCCAUACCGGUAUCGUCAUCUCCCCGUAGAUGGCGGUUGAUCGCACGCCCUGAAAGCCUGGCCUCCUUCCUCCUCCUCACCAUAUCCUUUACGCUUUCCAUCAUCUGCCUCCUAAGCGGAUACAAGCCCGGCUUCGGCGUCGAGCUGGACCUCAUCACCGUAAGGACCCCAGGAUCGAUGGUCCAAAUGCGCAUUGACUCAUCCCAAUCCUUCAGUUCAACACCGUCGCGUUGGCCAGUACUCGGGCCUCCAUUACCCUCCCAGGCCAAAACACCACCAUCCAAGUUCCCCUCGGCGUUUUAGGCGUCAAUGACUUCUACUCCGCCCACCUCCUGACGAGCUGCUCUGGGCACUACGACACCCCUAGCGUUCCCUCGGAAUUCCACUCUGACAACCCCAACCUCGAUAGCGAGGGAGACAGCGACACCA